CGAGCGUGAGUAGUUGAAUCCUUUCCUUUACUGAAAACAGAGCAUGGAAAGAACGCGUUUGCUUUUCUGGCGAAUCAGUUUACUGGUUUUAUUAUGGAUGGAGGGCUUAUUGACUACUCUAUCUUCUCCUGAUUCAAUCUUUGAAGUUGAAGCUUUGACGGCUAUAAAAAAAGCUCUAAUCGAUCCUCAUAACGUAUUGGCGGGCUGGGACAUGACUUCUGCAGAUGCUUGUAGUUGGCCGAUUGUUUCCUGCUCUGAUGGUUACAUCUCUUCUCUAGAGCUUCCUAGUCAGAGCUUAUCUGGGACAUUAGCUCCUGAAAUCGGAAAUCUCCGUAAACUGGAAACAGUGUCAUUGCAGAACAAUGCCAUUUCUGGUCCUAUUCCUGCUGAAAUAGGAAAGCUGGAGAAGCUAAAAGCACUAGAUCUAUCAAACAAUAAGUUAAAUGGUGGGAUACCAACCACCCUGGGAGGCCUUAAGAACCUUAAUUAUCUACGACUGAAUAACAACAACCUUUCUGGACCGUUGCCUGAGUCUCUAUCCAAUGUUACAGUUCUCAUUGUCGUGGACCUUUCUUAUAACAAUCUAAGUGGUUCCCUGCCAAAAGUGUCUGCAAGAACAUUCAAAAUCAUUGGAAACCCUUUAAUUUGUGGGUUAAAUUCUAAGAACAACUGUUCUGCUGCGUCUCUGGAGCCACUCUAUUCCCCAACAGAUCCUUUAAGAGAUCAAUCAGAACCUGAGGGAACAAAAAGUCACCGGCUAGCUCUUGCAUUGGGCUUAAGCUUCGGAUCUGUAUUUUUUAUCAUCAUUGUAGUCGGGUUGUUUCUUUGGUUGCGGCACAGGCACGAUCAACAGAUCUUUUUCGAUGUCAAUGAUCAAUAUGAUGCAAAGGUAUGCUUGGGUCAUUUGAAGAGGUAUUCAUUUAAGGAGCUCCGAGCGGCGACUGACCAUUUCAACUCAAAGAACAUUUUAGGAAGGGGUGGUUUUGGAAUAGUUUACAGAGGAUGCUUGCAAGAUGGGACUCUAGUUGCUGUUAAAAGGUUGAAAGACUAUAAUGCUGUUGGUGGUGAACACCAAUUUCAGACAGAGGUUGAGUUGAUAGGUUUAGCUGUCCAUCGAAAUCUACUCCGACUUUUUGGAUUUUGCACGACAGAGAACGAAAGGCUCCUGGUCUAUCCUUACAUGCCAAAUGGAAGUGUUGCAGCUCGAUUAAGAGAUCAUGAUCAUGGUAAGCCAGUGUUGGACUGGGCGAGACGAAAGAGGAUAGCAUUAGGGACAGCACGAGGACUACUGUAUUUGCAUGAACAGUGUGACCCCAAAAUCAUUCACCGUGACGUGAAAGCUGCCAACAUUCUGCUCGAUGAAGACUUUGAAGCAGUUGUUGGAGACUUUGGGUUGGCAAAGCUCUUGGAUCACGAGGAUUCUCAUGUAACAACAGCAGUGCGUGGGACUGUUGGCCACAUAGCUCCAGAGUACUUGUCAACAGGCCAGUCAUCAGAAAAAACUGAUGUUUUUGGUUUUGGUGUCUUGCUCCUUGAACUCAUUACAGGUCAGAGGGCUUUAGAUUUUGGACGGCAAGCAAACCAGAAAGGUGUAAUGCUUGAUUGGGUGAAGAAACUUCAUCAGGAGGGAAAACUCAAUCUAAUGGUGGAUAAAGGUUUGAAAAACUAUUUUGACAGAGUAGAAUUAGAGGAGAUGGCUCAGAUUGCUCUCUUGUGUACACAAUUCCAUCCUUGCCAGCGCCCAAAAAUGUCUGAAGUGGCGAGAAUGCUAGAAGGUGAUGGCCUAGCCGAGAAAUGGGAGGCUUCACAGGAGACUGAGACGCCAAGAUUCCGAUCAUCUGCGAACCGCCCUCAGAGAUAUUCAGAGUUUAUAGAAGAGACUUCACAUGUGGUUGAAGCAAUGGAGCUCUCUGGUCCUAGGUGACUAAAACUAUCCUUGUCACCACCUUCUACCUCUUUAUUCUAUAUCUUUUAUUUGAAGAGCUUUGAAAUAGAAAUAUAUUGUUUGUUUAUAGUUGUUCAAUGCAUGUAUUCAUCUGUACAAAAGGAUGAUAAUGUAAAAUUAUCACUCUUUCUCAUCCACUAAAAGAAUUGGGUGGGCUGAUUGA